UAUUCCAGAUCAACAGAUGUUUAGAAGUUCUUGGUUAUGGAUUUUUUUUGCAUAUAUGUUUCAGUGUUCAGACUUGCAAAAACAGCUGGAAUUGCAUUUUCUUGCCCUCCUCUCUUUUGCUUUCAGCCUGUGAUGAGUGGAAGCUCCUCCCAAAGCCAGACCUGCACCGAGAUGUCAACCGCUUCGGUCAUUCGGCUGUGGUCAGCAAUGGGUCCAUGUACGUGUUUGGGGGUUUCUCAGGCGUGCUGCUCAACGACGUUCUUGUUUACCGGCCUCUCAGCUGCCAGGCCUUCUCUGCAGAGGAGGGCUGCCUGAAGGCUGGACCGGGGGUCCGCUGCGUCUGGAGCAGGGGCCGCUGUGUCCCGUGGGAACCCAGCAGCCCCAAGCCACCGCCUCUCUGCCCUCUCAAGCCCGCCUCAGUGGAUGAGUGGUGCUUCAAGUUCUCAGACUGCAGCAGCUGCACAGAAAACACCGUCGGCUGCCAGUGGUGCGACGACAAAAAGUGCAUUUCUGCCACCAGCAACUGCACCUCCGGCGUGACCAAUUUCACCGCAUGUCCAGUGAGGAGCGAGCAGACAUGCAGCAAGUUUGCCAACUGCAACCUCUGCUUACUAAAUCUUAACUGUCACUGGGAGCAGAAUCUAUCAAAGUGCCAAUCCAUGCCUGCCCAGCAGUGCAGCGAGGGCUGGAGUCAGGUGGGAGAGGCCUGCCUGAGGAUCAACUCCAGCCGCGAGAGCUACGACAACGCCCAGCACUACUGCAAGAACCUGAAUGGGAACAUCGCCUCGCUCACCACCAACAAACAGGUGGACUUUGUGCUGCAGGAGCUCAAGAAGCUGCAGCAACAGGAGAAGCGGCUGUUUCCAUGGGUGGGGCUAAGGAAGAUCAACGUGUCGUAUUGGGGCUGGGAGGACAUGUCUCCCUUCACCAACAGCAGCCUGCGCUGGCAGCCCGGAGAGCCCAACGACUCCGGUUUCUGUGCCUACCUGGAGGAGCCUCAGAUUUCAGGCCUGAAGGCCAACCCAUGCACCGCCACCGCCAACGGCCUCAUCUGUGAAAAAGCCAUCGGAAACUCCAACCAGAACAGCCGUCCGUCCUGUAAAAAGCCCUGCUCGCUGCACACCAACUGCAGCAACUGCACCAGCCAGGGCACGGAGUGCAUGUGGUGCAGCAGCACGCAGCGCUGCGUGGACUCCUCUGCCUAUGUCAUAUCCUUCCCCUACGGCCAGUGUCUGGAGUGGCAAACGGGAGAUUGUAUUGGUGAGUGGCUUAUUGAACCGAAUCUAGAUGAGUUUUCUUGGAAGUCUAUGGUCUGGCUUUGCGGCGGCGGCGGCGGACAAUAAGCUCUCCUGGACUGGCCUCUGCGAGCAGUCAAUAUUCAUCACAAGGAGAAAAGAGGUCUGAGGAAGAAAGUGGUUUAAAGUAAAGAGGUGUUGGAGUCGGAGGGAAAAUUGGAUUAGUUUGCUGUGAUUGGCUUUGGAAGUUGUUUUUGGCGUUUAAUGGCCCAUUACUUUUGCAUAUAAUCUCUCACCCAACUGCUAGAUUUCCCCGAUGACUGAAGUUCAGCGGCGUCCUUUUAGCUGGAUAUUACUAGUUCUGCAUCAAGAAGCCCAACCUGCUCGCCAAAACAGAAGGUUACAGGAAAUGAUGAUGAUUCUUCUUAUUGAGGAAAGCUUUUUUAUGCGCUGUAACAUGUUUUUUGACCUACUGUAACUCUUUGACCGUUUAUGUGAUCAACAUGAAUCAGCUGAUCCUGUUGAAACGGUUGAGACCAUGUUUGAUUAAAAAAAAAAAAUACAUUACGAUAUGAAAAAGAGUAUAUCAUGAUAUACAUUCUUUUACAUCACAAUAACGAUAUAUAUCACGAUAAAGUUUAUUUUCAGUUAUUUUCUUAACUAUUUACUAUUUACUUAGUAUUCUGACCAUAUUUUUUGAAGU